AUGAGAGGAAGUACGACUACUUCCAACACUAAUAAUAGUGCCAACAACAACGGCAAUGUCAAUCAACUACAGUUUAAGGAUGGCGUUGGUGGUGGUGGUGGUACCGGUGGUGGUACUGGCUCCAAUCCCAUAGGGUCCAAUAGAUCAAAUCUUAAAUCAAAUGAUAAUCUACACAAUUCUAAUGAUAUUAAUGAUAAGCAUAAUGAUAAUAGCAAAUACAAUAGCAACAAUAAUAGCAGCAACAAGGGAUAUACUAAUAAUAAUAGAGGAGAUUUUCCCAAUUCAAAUCAUAACUUGGAAGCAAGAAAUAUAAAUAGUUUAGAAGGCAAUUCGAAUAAUAAUACUCAUGAUUUUGAUCAUCAAUCUCCUAAUUAUUUAGAUUCAAAUUGGGCUUCUAAUCUAUUCAUGGAUUCAGGUGGAACUGAUUUAUUAUAUAGUGUUAAUUUGGAUUCAAAUUCUAUAACUCCUGCUUCAAAUCAAAUUAUGCAAAAUAUUCAAUAUCAAAAUAAUAUUCAUGUUCCCACAAAGUCAACUAAACAACGACGUCCAUGUGAUCAUUGUAGAAGAAAGAAAACUAAAUGUGUGAUUAUCCCUGAUACCAAUAAUUGUGUUCAAUGUGAAUCAAAAUCUUUAACUUGUACUUAUACCAGUCCCUCCAUUAAAAGAAAAGCAACUGAUCUUGAUAGUGGUCCCCCUCAAAAAAAGAAAAAUGAAAAGGGUCUUGAUAUAAAUCAACCUGGUUUAACUUCAAUUCAUAAUGAUCAAUCGAUUAUAGUGGCUCCGGAUGUUCCUAUAAGAGAUGUUGCUCCUAUUCAUGAUUAUUCCGUUAUAAAUAAUUCAUUAUUGAAAAAGACUUUAUCAUUACAAUUCCCAAGAUCAAGUUUUUAUGUGGGUCCCACAUCUUAUUUAUAUGAUAUUAAUUUAUUAAAUUUAAUCAUUGAUUCUCAAAAUAAUUCAAAAAGUGGACUGGAUAGUAAUAAACCAUCUCCAAAUUCUUCAAUGGGAAAAAUUGAACAAAUUAAUUUAAGUAAUUCUAUAUCAUUAAGAAAAGUUAGUGAUAAAGCUCAAUUUGUCCUUAAAGAUGAUCAAUCACCUCAAUCUUAUCAAACCAUGUCAAAUGAUGUCGAUACCAUUGAAAAAUUCAUUGCUCCUCAUGGUCAAAUUUUAAUUGAUUUAUAUUUUAGAAUUAUUCAUCCUUCUUAUCCAAUCUUACAUAAAAAAGUGUUCCUUGAAAAAUAUUCUCGUACUCAUAGAGAAUUUAGUGCUCCAUUAUUAGCCGCAGUAUAUGUAUUGGCUAUUCAAUGGUGGGAUUAUGAUCCUCAAUUAAAUCGAUUCCCAAAGCCAAAUGUGGAAUUAAUUUUAAAAAUUGGGUUAAAUAAUUAUUUCUUGGAAAUCUUGAAAAGACCAAAAUUAAGUGCAGUCCAAGCUGGAUUAUUAUUAUUACAAUGUAAACAUAUUAUUCAACACGUUAGAGCUGUUAAUAAUAGUACUAAUAAUAAUAACGGUGAUCCAAAUCUGCCACCUACUAAUAAUGGUAAUCUCGGUUUAGGUGAUACAGAUUAUAGUGAAUGGGUAUUAUGUUCACAAGUGAUUGCCUUAGCUGAAGAAUUAGGAUUAGGAUUAGAUUGUAAUAAUUGGAAAUUACCAAAAUGGGAAAGAGGAUUAAGGAAAAGAUUGGCAUGGGCGGUAUAUAUGGAAGAUAAAUGGCUUUCAUUAAAACAUGCUCGUCCUACUCAUAUUAAUGAAAGAAAUUGGGUGGUGGUAUCAUUAGUAGAAGAAGAUUUUCCUGAAAAACAUGGCGAUGGAGAUUUAAAAGAAGGUUCAUCUGAUAUUGAUAAUGGUAAGAAAAUAUUCAUGAAUUUAAUUGAUUUAUCGAUGAUUCUUUCUGAUUUAUUAGAUCAAUUCUAUUCCAUGAAAGCUAUGAAUGAAAUAACGAAUGUUAGUGAUGUGUUAAAGAUUGCUAAACCAUUACAAUUGAGAUUAAGAACUUGGUAUCAUUCUUUACCGAUUGAAUUACAAAUGAGUUCAGUUCAACCUCGAAAAUUAUGUUCAAAUGGUUAUUUACAACUAGCUUAUUUUGCCACUGAAUUAACACUUCAUCGUAAGAUUGCUUCUGUUAUUUAUCAACAAUCAUUAGCCGGUAACGCCCCUCCAAAAGAAUUGGUUACGGUUUGUCGUGCUGCUGCUAGAACAAGAUUAUUAGCAUCAAUUGAAUUUGUAAGAGAUUUAAAACCAGAACAUAUUCAUUCAUUUUGGCAUUCAUCUUCAUCAUCAAAUUUCACUUUAAUAGGAACGUUUGCUGCUAUUUUAUUCAUGUCAUCGCCUAAUAAAGAAGAAGCUGAUUUUUAUCGUGAUCAAAUAUUUAAUUAUAGAUGGAUUUUGAAAAUCUCUUCCAAAGGAUUUGAUCAAGUUGGUGAAGCUCUUAUGCAAUUAGAUCUUGUUUUAAGUCAUAUUCCAGGUUUAUUAAGUGAUGGAGCUGAUUUACCUAUGGUAUUACCUAAUGUUCCAAACUUUGAUUUCCAAAGAGCUGCCAAUCCUCCUGUUCCUGCCCCAUCCCAAACACAACCACAAGCAAAACCUCAACCUCAACCGCAACCUCAACCGCAACCCCAAAAUCGUCCUCAAUCAAAUCAGAAUGGCAUCACUAAUACUUAUGGUGGACCAAGUCCAAUGGCUUAUCCUGGUAAUUCGAAUUCUAAUAAUCCAUCAGUGGCACAGAAUAGAGGUCCAUUAGGUAAUCAAAGAGGUAGAAUCUCUCAACAACAACAGCAACAACAACAACAAUCAUUCCGUGAUUCACCUUAUGCAUCACCUCAGAAUUUUUCUACUCCACCAGUUUCUCAAGGUCCAACUGGUGUAGCCAAUUCACCUUCUAUGCAACAAACCAUGUCAAGAGGAGGACAAUUUAUGAUUAAUUCCCCUCAAUCAUCUCAAGGGUUAUCACCUAAAGAAGUUAAACAACAACCACGAGUAUCAGUUGCAUCUCGAAACAAUAGUCGAGUCAAUGAACCGAUUGAAUCUCAUACCAAUACUCAUAACUCACCAGUUAAUCAUAGAGGAAGUGCGGGAGGGAAUUCCAAUUCUAAUUCAAAAGCUAACAGUCCAGUUUUAAUUCGAUCACCAAAUAAUAUAACUACCACAUCAAUAAUUUCCCGAGCUGAUCUGAAUUAUGGACGAGAGUAA